UUUUGGGACAGACUCUCGACAAUUCCGCUUAUCCGCUCGGCCCUGGAAGAACUCGACCGACGGAAUCGUGCACGACCUGCCUUUUCGCCUCCGCCGCCGCCAACAGAGUCCGCUCAGAACCUCGCUCGAUUUGCACGCCACGGCGGGCCAGAUCUGUGUGAUCUUCGAGGGUAUUCCGCUCCUGUAGUAAGGAACUACCAAACCGCCAGCGCCAUGAGCUCCUCGUCCCGAAGCCAAGCAAUCAAAUCUACCGAUCCAACAACGGUUAUAACCAAGUCAGGGACAACCAAGAGUAGAAAGUCAUCCCCUUACAAUCCUGGGUUCGAUCAGCAUUUGACCGACCAUGGCAUUCAUACCAUCUGGAAGUCGCAAAAGCUAAACUUGGAGGAAGUAAAAGUGGCACUCAUGGCUCCAAGGCCAUCACUCUCGCCCUCUUGCUUCUCAGACAAUGCUUUCGAGACUUUCUAUGAGACUAAUGCUCAGGCAAAGGAUGAAGAUGAUGUGUGCAAAUACGUUCUUCCCACCAUUACUGGCCCUCGGAAAGAUAAUUAUCCCUCCACUGCGAAUAUGGCUUUCGGAAAUCUGGCACCGCUCACUGAUGGAACUAUAGUAGCAGCCAAGCCGGACAUUGCUCUAGGAGCUCUCCCUGAACAACUCAAUCCAACUAUUCGCAGCGAGCUCCAACACCACAUUAUCCCUUCCACUUCGACGGAUCGAUUGAUAGCGCCCAACUUCUUUCUGGAGGCGAAGAGCCCGGACGGAUCUGCAGCAGUGAUGAUGCGACAGGCUCGCUAUGAUGGAGCAAUCGGUACUCGGGCUAUGCAUAGCCUGCAGAACUAUGGUCGGGAGGAGCCUGUGUAUGAUGGCAAUCCCUAUACCUAUAGUACAACCUACCAUGAUGGCACACUCCAGCUAUUCGCUCAUCAUGCUACUGCGCCCGCAACAUCAGGAGGCCAGCCCGAGUACCACAUAAACAAGAUCAGGGGGUUCGAUAUGACGGAUUCACAGGAAACCUUUAUUCAAGGAGCUACUGCAUACAGAAAUGCGAGAGAUCUAGCGAAGCAGCGUCGAGAUACUUUCAUCCAGGAUGCGAAC